ACCGAAGACCCAGCAGAUUCUAGUCUCCUGGGUCAAAUAGACUGAGAGAGAAGGCCCUCUCUCUCACUCGCCUAACUCUGCUCUCUGCUUCGAUCUGAACAGAUCAAAGACCAAGCUUUCAACAACUGCUUCCAAUUCUCUCUCUUCUUCACCUCCAACUGUCAUGGCUCCGAAGCCAAUUGCCAGUCCCGUGGCGGUCACGUGGUAUCCGACCCUCGCCGUCGUGAUGCUCGCCAUCGGCCUCAUCUUCACCGCUUCCUUCUUCAUCUAUGAAGCGACCAUUUCUAGGAAAAGCCGCAGUCUUGCUAAGGAGCUUAUAACAGGAACAGUGGCCUCUGUCUUCUUGGGUUUCGGAUCCUUGUUCUUACUGCUCGCAUCGGGUGUUUAUGUCUAAGGCUACAAAGUUAUGAAAUUUUGUUAACAAAAAAACCAGAGAUUUACAUGAAGGAUAUGAUAUUGUUGACAUUGUUAGUUUAAUGUACUCUUACUUGUGUUGUUCUUAAAUGAGACAAGUUUGAUUAAACUAGUUUAUGGCAUAAUGUCUCGAAAGGAAGAUGUUGAAUUUCA